AUGACUACGAAAUUAGCGUCUGGUCUAACGUACCGAUCGUAUGCUGAGAUGAAACAGUAUUUACUCGAGCUAAAUACGACAUUCCGAGAUGUCGUACACGUUUCAAUAGCUCAAGAAACGUAUGGACUGCCAUACCCUGAUGCUCUUGAUUGUAUAAUAAAUGACGAGACGAAAGACACAGCACCUUGUCAACACUUUGUCGUACAUUUAACUAAUCAUUCAACACUCAAAAAUGAUCCUGAACGACCAGAAGUUUUUAUUAGUGGUGCAUUGCAUGGUAAUGAACGUAUUGGACCCAAUGCAGCAAUAGAACUCAUUGCUCUUGUAGCACACGGUACAUCAAAGUAUCGUUCAAAGGAUACAGUAAUCCCAACGUUUGAGACUCAACAAUGGUUACUUGAGCUUGUAAAUACACGGAAUAUAGUGAUUAUGCCCAUGACAAAUGCUUUUGGAUAUGCUCAUAAUACUCGCGAAGAAUUAACUCUUGAUCCCAAUCGAGAUUUUAAUUAUAUGCGAACGGGAGUUGAGUGUAUGCAAACAAUUACAGCUCGAGUUGUGAAUGAGAUCUGGCGAGAUCAUAUUUUUCAAUUAGCCGUGACAUUUCAUGGUGGAACACGAGCGAUUGCAUACGAAUGGGGCUCACCUGAUCAUUAUUUAGAUGGAAAUCCAAGGAAAUCAAGUGAAAAGUCUCCUGAUCAUACAGCUCAACUUGAAUUAAGUACUACAUUAGCUCACUUUGCUGGUGCAUUUCAAGAUGGACAAUUGUAUCCAACGGGUACUAUGAAUGAUAUUGUCUAUGGAGUCUCAGGUGGAAUGGAAGAUUGGGGCUAUGCUGCGUCAUGGGAGAAUCAGUUUUAUGAUGAGCUUGCACAACCUUUUCAUCCAUGUGACCCUAAGACGUUCGGGGGAUACCCAAGACACAAGACAAUAUAUAAUAAUGUCACCCAUCGCGCUUUUAAUAUGUUAGUCGAAACAGCGAAUGACAAGAUUCCAGACGUUCUCGAGUUAGGAGACAAGAUGGAAUUGUAUGGAACAAAUGUCGAUUUCUUUCGUAUGGAUAAUAGUAAGAUAAAAAUCGUGGGACACGUGCCGCGAAAUGUUCGUUUGGCACUCAUGAUGAUUGAAAUGGUGCAGCCUUAUCUUCGAUGGGUCCAUGCAGCACCCUCGGCGUCGAAAUCUUCAUUAAGUAUUGGAUUUCAAGGUGCAGAUGUCUAUACUACAAGUGCGAAUCAAGUCAUUGACAUGGGCUGCGGUGAAGUCGCAUGGAAACGUCAUGAUGUUGCGACGUGUAGCACUUUUGAUUGCAGAGUAGAAGAUCGUGGGUUUUCAAAGCUACAGCUUGCGUGGGAGGUACUUGGAGCACUUACUGUCGAUAGCACAUACCUUCAAAUCUCUUCUAACAAGGACUUUGACGACAAUGACAUUUUCAUCACAACAGCAACGCAGAAUGGCACGACUCGCCGAUUCUACAACUUUGCAUCGAAUGACAAUCAAGCGGCAAGUAGCAAUGAAGAUACAAUGGGCACUUCGCUCUUUGUUACAUGCCUUGAUCUGAGGAAUAUCACGUUGAACAAGGUGUACGUUCGAGCUGUAGCUACUGUUGAUCAGAACUGGAAACAACAAGGUAUUGAUAAAGAUACACCUUCUCCUCGCGUUCCACCUCAGUCGCAUUUAGUGAAUGCUCGAACAAAUUUAGACUGGAAAUUUGAAUGGAAUGGCCAUCGAGUCAAAGCUGCUCUUGAAUGGACUUCAAAGGUGAUUAGUAUUGAGUUGUUAAGCAAUGUCCAAGACGACGUGAAAGAUGAAAUGACUUCCUCAUUAAGUGCUGAAAACGGAUCGCCAGAGGAGGAUGAAGUAGAAAGUCAAGAUUCGAGCAAUGAUAAUGAAGAACGAGAAGAUGAUAGCAAGGAGGAUACAACUGAAACAGCAGCUUCGACUUUAUAUCUAAAGGUUGCAAUUGUUACAUCAGAUGAUAGUGGCCAAGUCGAUGAUGAAAGUAAUCAAAGUGACGACACAGAGUCUCAAAACGAGAUCGCUGAACACGAACAGACUACACGAGUUCGUGCUCAUACGCUUGGAGAUAUCACUACACUGACGUCAAAUGAUGCAAAGAAUUCCGGAUUGCUUCGCUUUGGUUACAUUAUUAUGAGCUUUUGUGCUUUAAUCAUCGUGCUCACGAUCGUAUAUCUCUACCGUCGUGUCUUCCAGCGUUCUCGUCAAACAUAUAUGAAUAUUGAAAAUGUGACGCAAGAGAACAUUGAUCGUACUGAUGAAAUGGACGGUGAUCUUGACAAUAAGAGCGAAGAACGUACAGAAUCCGAGUCACCCGCAGUCGAAGCUUAA